AUGGUUGGGCAAAGCGACGGCGGGCCGUCAAAGGCUGGCGGCGCCGACGUCGCGUUGUCCGAAGCCGUGCAACGAGAGCAUGGCCUGUCGUUCUGGGAAGCUGCGAAACUGUAUCCGACUGCUGUCGGCUGGUCGGCGUUUGUCUCGAUAGGUGUUAUUAUGCUGGCCUUCGAUCCGCAAAUCAUCGGCAACAUGUUCGCCAUGCCCCAAUUCCAAAAGGACUUCGGGUUCGAACUUGAUGGCGAAUAUGUAAUUCCGGCGGCGUGGCAGACGGGCUUAUCAUUAGGCAACCCCCUCGGACAAGUCUUCGGCGCAUUGUUCUCUGCCUAUCCCUUGGAGCUGUUCGGUCGCAAGUGGACCUUUUUCGGAUGCAUCCUGCUGACGGCGUGUCUCGUCUUCAUCCAAUUCUUCGCGCGCUCCCUGCAGGUCCUCCUUGUAGGUGAACUACUAGGGGGACUCGUUUUAGGAUGUUUCGUUGUGAUAGGCCCGACUUACGCAUCUGAGGUUUGUCCUAUGGCGCUCCGUGGCUUUUCGACGAGUUACACCAAUCUCUGCUUCGUCACGGGACAACUUCUUGGGAACGGGGUUACGACUGGGACUUCCCAGAUCGAAAACCAUUGGGCAUAUAGUAUUCCAUUCGCUCUUCAGUGGUUCUGGGUUGUGGUUAUCCUUCCCGGCAUCUUCUUCAUUCCGGAAUCACCGUGGUGGUUGGUGCGCAAGGGCAGGAUUGAAGACGCCAGGGACGCCCUUCGCCGAUUAUCAUCGUCAAAAGUAGAUGUCGACGCUACAUUAGCCGUUAUCGCCGAGACGGAUCGGCUGGAACUGGAGAUGGAAGCAGGUAGCACUUAUCUAGACACUAUUAAGGGCAUCAACCUGCGACGAACCGAGAUCUCUACCGGCGUCUACGCAACUCAGGUCCUGAGCGGAAUCUAUCUGAUCAACUAUGGAACUUACUUCUUCGAACAAGCAGGACUGCCACCUAAGGAUGCAUUUAAUAUGGGUAUUGGAUUCUUAGGCACGGGCUGGGUCUGCACUGUGCUCUCCUGGUUUCUCAUCGCUCGCUUCGGCCGGAGACGCAUAUUCAACAUUGGGCUAUCGGUUCUGAUCGUUCUGAUGUUUGUAAUCGGGAUCCUGGACAGCAUCCCUGGCCGACCUUCGGGUGUUGCUUGGGCUGAGAGUUCACUCAUGUUGAUUUGGAAUGGUGCAUACGACUUGUCGGUCGGACCUAUCACAUUCGUGAUUUUAGGAGAGUGCUCCGCGACCCGUGUCCGAUCCAAGACAAUUGCGGUGGCCACGGCGAUACAAGCGGUGUUUGGGAUCGCAAUGACGGUCGCUAUUCCGUAUAUGAUCAACCCCGCAGAAGCGAACAUGCAGGGGAAACUCGGUUAUUUUUUCGGUGGGCUGGGAGUUAUCUGUCUUAUUUGGUCCUACUUUCGGAUCCCCGAAACGAAGGGUAGAACGUACGAAGAGCUAGACAUUCUAUUUGAUAAGAAGGUUCCGGCCAGGCAGUUUAAAGGAUAUCAGGUCGAUGUCACUGCUAUAUCGGCCGAGAGUUGA